GCACUAUGGUGAUGAAACCGUAGGAGGUCGAGCUAGAUGAGUCUAUACUAUGAUCAUCGUAGAGCUGAAGCUUUCCAAGCAUCCGUCAUCACCUUCACAGUUGUCUAAUGCCAUGAACUGGACGUCGACUGUGGCAGCUGAGCAGUGACAUAUGUGAUGAGCAUUGUUUGCGGACAAUGAUUUGGCUGUGCCGAUCAUCUGGCAGAACUGUGUUCUUCGAGCAGGGUUGGUGAUGCAGCUGACAGCGCCAUUUAUCCUAAUGUCUUGUCGGUGGUGAGGACAGGCAGUACCGGAGGAGGAUUCGGUGGUGAGCCGAAUCCAGAGAAUUCAAUGGUGGCCUUCGCCCGCUUGCUCUGCUCCUGCAAGUUGUCGUGCUGGUGCUUGGCAAGUGGCCCGGGCGACUGAUGAGGGCACGGCCAUGGGCGGAUGAUUGGGUCGCAGGGUGGGGCGUCCCCCAGAAUCCGCCCUGGUCGAAACGAUUCGGCGUUGUUCCUGCUCAUCAAUGAUCUUCUGUGCACAGAGAGAGAGAGAGAGAGAGGACAAUGGCUAGACAUAGUUGAAGGUGAUCAUGGAAGAUUGGACAGCAACAAGCAUUGGGUAGCAAUGUGGAGAUGCUGUUCGAGACUAAAGAAAGACUCCCGCGCAACCUGAUCGAAGUUGUGAUUAGGUGAUCCGACAAUGAUGCAUGUUGAUUGGGCCUACCUCGAUAAGCUGCGAUUGGACAGGGGGGAGAGAGAGAGGCGAUGGAGGAGAGCAUCUUCUACAGCGCUCGCCAUGGCCACACAUGAGGCGUGCAGUGCAGUGGACCGCUUCGGAGCUGCGUCAGUGGGAGUACAGCGGAACGGGUGAAGUACCCUUCGGCUUCAAAAGUUGAAACGGCUAAGAGGGAGCAGGAAGACGGAGGGAGGAGGAGAUCUCCCUCGUGAUACCCUCUCGGUUGCGGCCUAUCGAGCGAGGAGAGAGAGGGAGGAAGGCCAAUCAAAUCCCUCCGACUCUCUCUCUCUCUCUCUCUCUCUCUCUCGUUGCUGCUUUUAAGCGACUCUUCUUUUCUCGUGCGCCGCGCGUCACUGCACUUCACCAACCUCUGUCCCUCGCUCCUUCCCAUACGCAUCCAUCACCACUUCCGCUUCUCUCUCUCUGUGUAUAAUUCUCUACAGAGCUGUCUACUCUUCCUUUAGGUCUGCAAGUUCUCUUUCUUGGUUCUUAAACCUGAGGUUGCCCUGGAGAAGAGGAGAGCUCAGUGGUGGGGAGCAAUGGCGUGUGGGAAGGAUGGGGAGCAGGACCCUCGCAUUGGAGGGAUAGCGGCUUCCAUCCGCGUCGUCCCCGACUUUCCCAAGAAAGGAAUCAUGUUCCAGGACAUCACCACCCUGUUGCUCGACCCGAAAGCCUUCAAGAACACGGUGGACUUGUUCGUGGAGCGGUACAUCGGGAAGGAUGUCUCCGUUGUCGCUGGGAUUGAGGCUAGAGGCUUUAUAUUCGGUCCCCCGAUUGCUUUGGCAAUUGGUGCAAAGUUCGUUCCCUUGAGGAAGCCAAGAAAGUUACCUGGUGAAGUCAUUUCAGAAAAGUAUGUUCUGGAAUAUGGGACUGAUUGUCUUGAAAUGCAUGUCGGAGCAGUCCAACCUGGUGACCAUGCUUUGGUUGUUGAUGAUCUGAUAGCAACUGGGGGAACUCUUUGUGCUGCCAUGAAUUUACUUGAGCGUGCUGGGGCUGAGGUGGUUGAAUGUGCAUGUGUUAUUGAACUUCCAGAACUCAAGGGUCGAGAAAAAUUAAAUGGUAAGCCAUUAUACGUACUGGUGGAGUCGCGUUGACGAUCCUUCUUCUUCGUAUCAGUUCGUGUACAUUAGAGGAUUUUAUCUCCAUUAUCACAAGUUGAAGCUGGCUUCUGUUCUUCUCAGAUCUGUAAACUUCAAUUGGUUCAUGCCUUGGCUUCCUUCUUAUGCUCCCCAUUUUUCUCAAAUUUGCUUUGGGACACUGCAUUUUAUUUGAAUAACCAUUUGUCAUCUCCCUGUUCUCAAACUCAUUGUGAUCAACUGUCAUGCAUUUUUCAUCAAUACAAACCUUGGAGUACUUGUCAUCUACAA